UCAACCAACUGUGAGUGACAUUGACGAGAGCAACACCAACGGACGGAUACAUAAUGAUGGCCGUUUUGUUGGUUUUUACAAAAUAUCUUCCUCGGACAUGACAUUGCUCAAAUUAAAAGACAAAACAGUUCAAAACCACGAGUCUAAAAAAAAAUAACAUUAAGACAAACAGUUUAUUGCCCACGUGUCCAAAAUAAGAUUAAGGUUAGUGAUCUGAAAAUUUGUAGACACAAAAGAAAAAACCCGCAAGAAAACUAAAUGGGCUUAAUAAAGCCCAUUUACAAAACAACAAGAAGACGACACACCUUUUCUUUUUUCUCGUCGCCGUCGGACCUCCGUCGCAUGGAUUUCUCCUCCUUCCUCCCACUCACCAUCCAUUUAUCGUAUUUAAGUCGGCCGAGAAGGAAAAAAAACUGAGCUUUCGUUGCAAUACAAACUUCUUCAACGCUUGUUCAUGCGUUUCAAAGCUGAGAUUUUUAUGGGAAGUGUACGAAGUAAGCGUUUCCACGGGAAUGCCCACAAGGUGUUCGCGAUAAUGCCUGAGAGAAGCGUUUUAUCUAGAGAGUCCCCUUUCGGGCGGGUGUGGGUGAGGCUAAUGACGAGCAGCAAGCGUGUUCAAGAUAGGAGCAGGGAGAAGCGUGUCCGAGAGCUCGAAGUAGCGACGGAGAAAUGGAAGAUAGCUAACAAAUUGAUGUUCUUGAUGGAGCUGCUGAGGAGUGAGCCGGAGAUGAUCAUGAAGGUCAGGCUGUUGGAGCAGUACAGGCGUCAGAUCAACUUGCCUAAACCGCAUAAGAUGAGCGAUUUCAUCAGAAAGUCUCCGAAGUUGUUUGAACUGUACAAGGAUGAGAGGGGAGUGUUGUGGUGUGGAAUGACGAAGGAAGGGGAGGACUUGUUGGACGAGCAUGAUGGGUUGGUCGAGGAGAAUGGGGACAAGGCGGCGGAACAUGUGACUAGGUGUUUGAUGAUGUCUGUUGAUAAGAAGCUUCGGUUGGAUAAGAUUGCUCAUUUCAGGAGAGAUUUUGGGUUGCCUCUUGAUUUCAGGGUCAGCUGGGUGCACAAGUUUCCUGAUCUUUUUAAAGUUGUCAAGGUUGAGGAUGGUGAGGAGUAUCUUGAGCUUGUUUCAUGGAAUCCAGCUUGGGCUAUCACAGAGCUGGAGAAAAAGACUAUAGGUUUAACAGAGGAGAGUGAUCACAAGCCGGGUCUGCUUUCACUGCCUUUCCCUAUGAAGUUUCCUCCUUCGUACAAGAAAAUGUACCGGUACAGAGGGAAGAUUGAGCAUUUCCAGAAACGAACUUACUUGUCUCCUUAUGCUGAUGCAAUUGGACUCGAAGCUGGUUCGAAGGAAUUCGAUAAACGGGCGAUCGCGGUUAUGCACGAGCUGCUUAGUUUUACGCUCGAGAAGAGACUGGUGACGGAUCAUCUGACCCAUUUCAGGAGAGAGUUUGUGAUGCCGCAGAAGCUGAUGAGGAUAUUCUUGAAGCAUUGUGGUAUCUUCUACGUCUCUGAGAGAGGGAAGAGGUUCAGUGUGUUCUUGACAGAAGGUUACGAAGGGCCGGAGCUGAUUGAGAAGUGCCCUUUGAUACUUUGGAAAGAGAAGUUGCUGAGGUUUACUGGUUACAGAGGAAGAAAGAGAGUUAUUCAAACUUAUAGUGAUACAUUGGAAAUGGAAGAGACAGAGUUGCUCUAUAGUAGUAGUUCAGGAGAUGACGAUGAUGAUAUGAUAUCGGAUGGUGAUGGUGAUGAUGAUGAUGAGAUGGACAUUGAUGAAGUGAAUGAUGCAUAUGGGGAGAAUUAGCAAAGUCUAGAAAUCAUUUUUGAGCAAGAAAAGUUUUAGUUUCAUUCAUUUGUGACUUUUGCCAAACCGAACAUCUCUCCGCAGGCAUGUUGUUAUUCUUAAA